CAAAAAAAUUGCCGGGAAAAUCUGCUCCGCCACAGCUGCUGCUGGAGUCCCUGAAGGAGACAUUCAGGAGGAAAGUGUCUUGAGUGUCUUUAGAGGGAAUCACUCACCGUGUCUGCGCUUCUAUCCGGUACCUGUUCGGGCCGAUAUGGACGAAUACGACGAACUGUUCGAGGUACCGGACGACUUCGACGACCAGUUCGCCGACGAACUGGACGCGUUGGCUCAGAUGGAGGACGAGUCCUCCAAGCUGGGCAGUCGUCAGAAACCGGGUCCAGGAGACGAUAUCUCCGACAUAGAGCACCUCCUGGUUGAUCAGCCCAUCACCCCGAAGGCGAAGCGGCAGAAGCAGGAUGCGGUGCGAGUGUCCAAGCGACUGUUCAACUCGCUGCAGACUCAAGAGAGCAAAGCCCCGUCACAGAGUGAUGACAUCACACCGCCGUCGUCCCCAGAGCAGUACGAACCCUCUCGCACCGCCAGGUCUACCCCAGCCGUGUUGGAUAUCAGUGGCUUUGCUACAAUCCCAGAGACACCCAGGCGACCUCCCACAGCGGCGCCAGCGUCACUGCAUGUGCUGAGGCGGCCUCCUUUAGACGGAGAGUACAUCAGUGUGACAGACUCAUCAGGGAGUCGGGUCUACCUCAGACAGAAAGACGACACAGGGACAAAGGUAGUGGAGUCCAGAAUGGUACCAAACUCCCAGGGUGCACUGGGGCUGCUUGCAGUGCCAAUCAGUGUAAUGAGAGAACAAGAAGCAGAGAGGCAUCACCAUCGGGUUGUGGAAGAAUCUCAGCGUCUUUCAGAGCUGCUGGCCAGCAGUGUGAACGAUGUGUUUGUUGAGCCUGAAAGCAGAGAGGAUAAAGAGAACGAUGAUCCUGAAGACACAGAGGGUCAAACCUCUCGACUCUGGGUGGACAGAUUCUCUCCCCGACACUACACAGAGCUCCUCAGUGAUGAUUUUACCAACCGCUGUCUGCUCAAGUGGUUGAAACUCUGGGACACUGUUGUGUUCGGAAGAGAGAGGAAGUCCCGCCCUGCCCGGUUUGACCGACAAGCUCCCAACCAGAACUCAUUCAAACCCAAUCAAGCCAAUCCGAACCCGAAUCGCUUCAAGAGUAAGAUUGAGGUGACAGAGGAGCUACUGGAGGCUGAACUGGACCAGUACAAACGACCUAAAUAUAAGGUGGCAUUGUUGUCUGGCCCUCCAGGUUUGGGGAAGACCACCCUGGCUCAUAUCAUUGCAAAGCAUGCUGGGUACAAUGUGGUGGAAAUAAAUGCCAGUGACGAUCGCAGUGCGGAAGUGUUCCAGAAACGCAUCGACACAGCGACGCAGAUGAAGUCAGUUUUAGGAGCCAAUGAGAGACCGAACUGCCUCAUUAUCGAUGAGAUUGAUGGAGCACCCGCGGCUGCAAUCAACAUUCUGUUAGCAACUCUGAACAAGAAAGACGGACACGGCGGGGAGGCUGGUUCAGAGACUGCGAAGAAGAAAAAGAAGAAGGAGUCACUCCUGCUUCGACCAAUCAUCUGCAUCUGUAACGACCUUUAUGUUCCAGCUCUCAGACCUCUCAGGCUGCAAGCCUUCCUCCUGAAUUUCCCCCAGACUCAGCCUUCCCGCCUCGCGCAGAGACUGGCAGAGAUCUCACUCCGGCAGGGGAUGAAGGCAGACACAGGCAGCCUCAUGUCGCUGUGUGAGAAGACGGACAACGACAUUAGGUCUUGCAUCAACACCCUGCAGUUCCUCCAUGGUCGCGGCCACAAGCAGGUGGACAGCAAAACCAUCCAGUGUAUCUCUGUGGGGCAGAAGGACCAGAACAAAGGCUUGUUCCAUCUGUGGCAGGAGAUCUUCCAGUUACCGCGUAUAAAACGGAAACGUAUUGGUCAAGGUUUUGAGGAGGCACCAGGUUCAGGCGGUGGAGCUCAGAGGUUUCAGCACAUUCUGAACUUGGCUUACUCUAGUGGCGAGUAUGAAAAGGUUUCUCAGGGUCUGUAUGAAAAUUAUCUGUCCAUGCGUGUGAGGGAUCCCAACCUGCAGAGUGUGUGUGAGGCUCUCGAUUGGCUGUCGUUUUCUGACCGUCUGAACCAAGUGAUUCUGCACGGGCAGAACUUCUCCCUGAUGAGAUACCUGCCCUUCCUGUCAGUCACGUUCCACUUCCUGUUUGCCCACACACACGUGCCCCGCAUCAGCUAUCCCCACAGUCAGCAUGAGGCUGCCUCCCGGCUCGUCAGCUGCAAGAACGCUUUGUGUACCAUGUUGGCUGACAUCCCAGCAUGCAUCAGAAUGAGGAUCAGCCAGCUCAGCCUGACCCUCGAUAUGCUCACGCUGCUCCUCGACAUCAUCUGUCCCAAACUACGGCCUGUGAACCCGCAGCUGUUCAGCAGCAGAGAGAAAGAGCAGAUGCGUGAGCUGAUCGACACCAUGCUGGCAUACAACCUCUCAUACAGGCAGGACCGCACGCCCGAGGGACAAUACGCAUACAUGCUGGAGCCGCGGGUUGAAGAGGUAGUGAGGUACCCGGGCUUGCCUCCGCGCCGGCAGCUGACGUAUCAGGCCAAGCAAACCAUCAGCAGAGAGAUGGAGCAAGAGAAGAUGAGAAGAGCCGAGCAACUGAUGCUGCAACGAAACCCUGUAGUGAAAGAAAAAGAAGAAAAAAAGAUUGCUGGUCCCAAACCAACGAGGAACCAUCAGCAGAGGCUGGAGAACAUUGUCAAACAGACCACAGUGGAGACCAGGCCGGAGGUGGAUUUCUUCGGUCGAGCUGUUGCCCCCAAACCUCAGAGACUGCAGACGUCCUCAGACACAGGUGAGAAGUGUCCGGUUCUUUCUAUGGGAACAGCAGUGGGCAACAGUGACGUGUGGUUUCGGUUCAACGAGGGCAUGUCCAACGCUGUCAGAAGAAAUGUCUACAUCAGAGAACUACUGUAACCCCCCCCCCCCACACACACACACACACACACACACACACACACACACACACAUAAUUCUUUGUGUUAUAUGUAUAUAUAUAUAAAACAUCUGAAUAAAUCCCCAAAUCCAGCUGUUAAAUUCAAAACAGUCUUUAUUUUGAUUGACAGUGUAAAGAGCCAAUAAAAACGUGUUGUUGAACAUUUCUCAGCAGUCCAUCAAAACAGACGUCUAGAAAGCUACUCAGUGCUGUACACUCACACACACACAGUAGUCUUCACAUAAAUUAAAAGCAUUCAGGAGUCUCCCAAUAAAUAAACAUGAUAAUAGCAAUAAUAUGAGUGAGAGUGUGUGUGUGUGUGAGAGUGAGAGUAAAUGAGUGAGUUAGUGCAGCGUGACUUUGAGUGUGGGAGUGCAUGAUUCUUUAGUUUAUAUGCAUCCGUGAUUGUGUGUGUGUGUGUGUGUGUGUGAGACUCAGGCUACCUUCAGGGACAUAUUUCAGACUACAGACCAGUUAAUUGGGGACGGCUUCUCCAAUCGGGGACAAAAGACGUGUCCCCACUUUGGAAAAAAAGGUUAAGAUUAGGGUUCGGCUAUUGGUGGUUUUCCUAUGGUUCAUCUCGAGGAAAUAAAUGGAUAAUGAAAGUCUAUGUAAUGCCCCCAAAAGUGACAUAAGUAAACAUAUGUAUGUGUGUGCGUGCGUGCGCGCGUGUGUGUGUGUCUGUGUGUGACCAUUAGAGGAUCACACACUUGCCCUUCUCCACCCAGGGGUUGGCUCUCAUCAGCUCCGGGUUCAGAAAUGGAUCUUCACAAACACAACCCUCAAUCCACUUCACCAGUCUACAGACAGAAAAAAACACUCACCAUCAGCACAAGUAUACUAAAAAUACUUAUAUGUGUGUGUGUGUGUGUGUGUGUGUGUGUGUGUGUGUGUGUAUACACAGUACACACUCACUCAGUAACGGUGAUGGAGGAUUUCUCUCUGUUGAUUGCCAGCUGAUAUUGAAGGCUUUCCACUUCUCUCCUCAUCUGUGGAACGUCUAACUCCUCCAUGAUGCUACUGCUGUUCACACACACACACAGAGGGGAAAAGAAACACACAACAGACUGAAGCUCGAGUAGAUUACACAAGUUCAGACACACAGAUGUCGCAUCAAAACUCAAGUGGAGUAAAAAAAUAAAUAAAAUGAACCAAAUGUUUUGUUGUAAGAGAGCCAGUGAAGUUCAGCUACAGUUCAGUCUUGUAUUAAAAAAAAUCUAAUUCUGCUUUCACAUGAGCAAAUAUCUGAAGUUGUACAGUGAACAGAGCGAAAUAAACUGUAAUUAUGUGUUUAUUGUACAA